AUGGCUUCUAAGAUUUCAAAAGAGGAUUUGUCCUGUCCUGUGUGCCGUAAAAUCUUUAAGAAUCCUAUAGUUCUCAGCUGCAGUCACACUCUGUGUAAAGUGUGUUUGCGGAAGUUCUGGGAGACCAACGGAUCCAAAGAAUGUCCUGUUUGUAUUAAGAAGCCAUCUGUGACAGUCAAUCCGUUAAAUCUGGUGAUGAAGAACCUGUGUGAGAGAUUCUUACAGGAGAAAAGUCAGAAAUCUUCACUAGACUGUGAAAUGGUUUGCAGUCUGCACAGUGAAAAGCUGAAACUCUUCUGUUUGGAAGAUCAACAGUUAGUGUGUGUGGUGUGUCGGGAUUCAAAAAAACACACUGACCACAAGUUCUGCCCUGUUGAUGAGGCAAUUACCGAUUGUAAGGAGGAGCUGAAAACUGCACUGAAGCCCCUACAGGAGAAAUUGAAGAUCUUUGAAGACUGUAAACGAACCUGGAGUCAGACUGCAGAACAUAUAAAGAUUCAGGCCCAACACACAGAGCAGCAGAUUAGGGAGGAGUUUGAGAAGCUUCACCAGGUUCUACGAGAUGAAGAAGCAGCCAGGAUAGCUGCACUGAGAGAGGAAGAGGAGCAGAAGAGUCUGAUGAUGAAGGAGAAGAUCGAGAAGCUGAGCAGAGACAUAUCAUCUCUUUCAGACACGAUCGGAGCCGUGAAAGAGGAGAUGAGAGCCGAAGACGUCUCGUUCUUACAGAACUACAAGACCACAGUGAAAACUCAGUGCACACUGCAGCAUCCGGAGGAGCUUUCAGGAGCGCUGAUCCAUGUGGCCAAACAUCUGGCCAACCUGAAGUUCAGAGUCUGGGAGAAGAUGAAGGACGCAGUUCGAUACACACCUGUAACUCUGGACCCCAACACCGCUCAUCCCAACCUUAUAGUGUCUGAUGAUCUGACCAGUGUGAGACUCAGAAAUGAGAAACAGAAGCUUCCUGAUAAUCCAGAGAGGUUUGAUUUUAGAUGGUAUGUUCUGGGCUCUGAGGGCUUUAACUCAGGAACACACUGCUGGGAUGUUGAAGUAGGAGAAUCUACAGAGUGGUUAGUGGGUGUGAUGACAGAAGCGACUCAGAGGAAGGAAGAUUUAAACUCCAUAAGUGGAAUCUGGCAAGUUGGAUAUCGUAGAGGUGAAUAUGGAAAACUUUCUACACUACAGUCGUCCACUUCCCUCUCAUUGAAACAGAAAAUCAGAAGAAUCAGAGUUCAUCUGGACUGGGACGGAGGAAAGUUGUCUUUCUCUGAUCCUCUCACUGACACACACAUACACACUUUCACACACACAUUUACUGACAAAUUACUGCCACUUUUAAAUGUUGGUUGUAAUAAAUCUCCUGUAAAGAUCCUCCCACUUCAGUGCUCUGUAAGAGUAAAUCAGAUCAGUUAG